AUGCCAGCAGGCGGUAGACUGAGAGCGGUGGAGGGCGAUAGGGAGCGGUUCGGAGCGGUUGAGCGGACGGUGGUGGGCGCAGGACCAUUAAUGGACGAAGCAGUGGUUGUGAGGGGCGUAGGGGGGGAGCAAGGGAGUGGGACUGCCGCAGGGAGCCUUAUAACGAGUACAGGGGGGCUUGAGGAGGGGACACGGCCGGGCGUUGGGGAGGGGGCAGCAUUGGACGGCCUGGAUUACGGGUUUGGGAUCUGUGCAGUGGAUUUUGAUGGAGAAUUAGGAGCGGGGAUUGGUGGAGAGGUUGGGUUUGAGAGAGGGGGAGGAGGGGGCGUGGAGCGCAUGUGGGAAGGGGAGCUGUGCGACUGCUUUGAUGACUCGUCCGUUGCAACACAGACUGUCUGGUGGGUUCACUCUGUGUGCUCUCUGUAUGCUCUCUGUGUGCUCUCUGUAAGGGGUUGGGAGGAGGGUGCGUGGAGCGCAUGUGGGAAGGGGAGCUGUGCGACUGCUUUGAUGACUCUUCCGUUGCAACACAGAUCGUCUGUGCAGAGGGAAUGUUUUGAGGUAGCUGGUGCGGUGAAUGCUCUCUCUCACAGGGGGGAUGAGGCACUGGCCUGGUGUGUGGAGCGCAUGUGGGAAGGGGAGCUGUGUGCCUGCUCUGACGACUCGUCCAUUGCCACUCAGCUCAGACCGCCUGGUACUCCUCGCUCUGGGAUCCCUAGCUGGCUCUUUGAGACGUCUCAAAAACACCCUCUCUACAUGUGUAGAUCACAGCUCUGUCCAUGCAUCACAUUCGGGCAGAACAUGGCCAUGGCUGGGUUUGGCAGCUGUGCCCCCCAGGCCCUCAUCUACUGCGCUCUCACCUGGGGAGCAUGCUCCUGCGCGCAGCUCAUAGCCCUCUGCUCCACUCUCGACUUCUUCUCAUCCCUCGGCGUCCUUCUCUACUGCCUUGGCACCUCUUACCCCGCGCGCUUCCGUACGCAGACACGCCGACGCUUCAACAUCCAGGUGGGUUCAGGCAGGGUGGCUUUUGAUUCAACUCUCGACUGCUUCUCAUCAGUGGGGGUCGUUCUGAGUCGACUCAAAUGCACUUGGGUUGGAAAGGGGACAAGCUCCUGUGCGCAGCUCAUAGCCCUCUGCUCCACUCUCGACUUCCUCUCAUCCCUCGGCGGGCUUCUCUACUGCCUCGGCACCUCUUACCCCGCGCGCUUCCGUACGCAAACCGGCGCUUUAACAUUCAGGGCGAUGAGGCAACGGAUUGCAUCUAUCACGCCUGUUGCUCCUGCUGCGCGCUCUGCCAGGAGGCACGUACGCUACGGAUAA